AAGCCAACAAUGUCAUCCCCGGAAGAUGUCCCACGUCUAAUUUGGCAACUUCUAUUCAUCCCCAAAAUUUCAUUUUGACCAAUGACAGUUACAUUCCAGCUAAACGCAACAAAAACAUUCUGUUAACUGUAGCUUUCCUUUUCAUUUUUUUUUUUCUUUCUCUUUCUGAUACUUACAUCUUCCCUGUCGUUCAAACUUAAAGCGUUAGGAUAUUUUUUAAAAUCCCGAAUCAACCAAACCUCUGCUUUUAUCUCUUUGAUCUUUGUAGGAAACACGAAAAAAAAAAAGGAGGAAAUCACUAUCAAUAUCAGUCACGUGGUAAAACCGGCCUACCAACUGUCGAAGAAAAGUCCAGGGCUGCAGUCUCGUCAAAAAACAAAAAAACUACAAUUUCUACUGUAGUUCUUUGGGCCACAAUGAAACCAUCGUCAGGAGAAAGUUUAAGAUUACGAACCACAGAACUUAUCCUAUGCAUGGCUAGAUCUUAGAUUCUGUCUCUAUUCCCGCAAUACCCUUACGUUGCCACAGCUAAUCCUAUUACCCUUUUUGGUAAAUUCACUGUUUCUUCAACCUCAGGUAUUUACAACUAUGAACUACGCUUUAUAACAGGAAUCCAACCUAAACAAGAAACCCUGUUUUCCUUUUCUUCUAAUCUCUAAAGCAGGUCGCUCAGCUCUCCAUGAUUGUUUCAACUCAUCGAAACAAAACCACAUUUACCCGUUUCACUUCGGGUAAAUUUGGAGUAUAAAUUGGAAAAAAAGAAAAACAGGUUGGGGAUUAAUGGAGAGCGGUUUUGAGCCCAAUAUGUCAAACUCUUCAUCUAUGAUGGAGAAGGGAUAUGGGGAAUUCGGGUGUUCGCAUUAUAGAAGAAGAUGCAAGAUCAGGGCACCUUGUUGCGAUGAGAUAUUCGACUGCAGGCAUUGCCAUAACGAAUCCAAGAACUCAAUCGAAGUUGAUCCUUUAGAUCGUCACGAGGUUCCUCGCCAUGAUAUAAAAAGGGUUAUUUGUUCCUUGUGUGACACAGAACAAGAUGUUCAACAGCAUUGCAUUAACUGUGGGGUUUGCAUGGGAAAGUAUUUUUGUUCCAAAUGUAAUUUUUUUGAUGAUGAAGUCUCGAAAAAUCAGUACCAUUGUGAUGAAUGUGGUAUUUGCAGAAUUGGUGGAGAGGAGAAUUUUUUCCAUUGUAAUAAAUGUGGCUGUUGCUAUUCUAAGAUAUUGAAGAACUCCCACAAUUGUGUUGAAAGAGCUAUGCAUCAUAAUUGCGCUGUUUGCUUUGAGUUUCUCUUUGAUACAACAAAAGACAUAACUGUCUUACUAUGUGGCCACACUAUACAUUUGGAAUGUGUAAAAGAGAUGGAACGGCAUUUUCAGUAUUCAUGUCCUGUUUGCUCAAAAUCGUAUUGUGAUAUGUCCCGAGUGUGGGAAAGACUUGACCGAGAGGUUGCUUUGACAGCGAUGCCUCAAAUUUAUCAGAACAAGAUGGUUUGGAUUCUCUGUAAUGACUGUGGGGAAAAUUCUGAGGUUAAUUUCCAUAUCCUGGCACACAAGUGCCUAAAAUGCAGCUCGUACAAUACUAGGCAGACACGUGGGGGUGUUGCUUCAUGCUCAUCAGAUAUUGCGGAAAAAGUUAGAUGAUGGGUUCAUCUGACGUUUAAUUCAUGGUAUUCAGUUUCCUCUUUAAGGUCCACUGUUAACUGUUGUGGAAUGGGAAAUUUUCACUUGGUUAGCAGAGGGUAGCCAGAAUAAUAGAUUUCUUUGUUCUUUGCAUACUCGUGUAUCUGUUUGCUAGUCUGCUGUGAAAAAUAUCUGCUCGAUCUGGAGUAGCUGAUUCUAUCAGAAGAACAAGGGAAAUUGGAAGAAUUCAUAAUAUGCUAUGUAUUCGGUUCGUAGCUGGCAAUAAAUAAAUUUCAAAUUUUCGAAGAUAUCAAAUUUGAAAUUUUUAUUUAUCCUUAAUUUGCAUAUGGGAAAAGACUUUAGCUUGAAUUAACUUUAUUUUUGCUUGUAAUCUAACCAUGGCCUCUACAGCCAUGGCUCACUAAUUUACCUUUUAUAUCAGAAAAGGAUGAGGAGCAGGUCGGUUGGUAUUAGACCAUAACUGAUAAUGAAAUUAGUAGUGUGAUGUGCCAACUGCCAAUUGACUAAAUAAUUUAUGAUUCUGAUCUCUAAAAUAGGGAUGAGAUGAAAGUUUAUUUUGUGGUAUAAAUGAGAAGGCGUAUUCUGAUACGUCAUCUAUGCAAUUAUUCAAGUUUUCUGUAACAAUCAAAUUGUAUGGUCACCUGGAAAUGAGGCUAUGGUGCCUGCUGAUUCCUAC